CCGAUUCACAGAGUGACCAUUCAAGGGAACAAAAGAAGGAAGCCAAAAAGAUUCGCCGGAAAUUACCCCCAAUACCAGUCGGUGAAGAACCAGUGUUAAAACCAAAGGCUAAAAUACGAGGAACAAAGCAAUCGAAGCAACAGCAUACUGAGAAUAAAGUUACCAAUGGCAGUUACAGAAAGUCCUCUACGAUUUCUCAAAGUGAUGAUUCGAUGAACGAGGAAGAUAUGGAGGUUGCUAGAAUCACGAAACAUAGCGCAUCAAAGCGAAAACCCAUCUCAGAUGUCGGAAAAGCUAAAAGUUUUGACGUUUCUCCCCAGACUAUGAAAGGCAGUAAGACUCACGCUGAAGCUCAAAGACUACUACGAGCAUGUUCUGUGGGAUCUAGUCAGAAAGUUGGACCUAAAGACGAAACGGAUGCAAUAAUUGAUUCCCUGAUCAGUAUUUACAACAUCCCCAUAACAGAAGCAAUGAAAUCCUUAAAGAAACGAUUGCAAGAAGAACUACGCAAAGUGACUAGAGAUAGAAAGCGCAAGAUUGAAGAAUUAGAAGAGAUUCGAGCGCUACAGAUGCAAAUAGGCGCCCUCCAGUUAGAUGCACGACAUGCUGCUAGGGUAAGGAAUGGGAAACGCUCACCAGCCCCAAAGCAAUACGAACCUCCACCAACAGAUUCUAGAAAGCGAGGAGGACUUUCUCCAUCUAGUAGUUCUCAAACUUCACGAUCCUCGCCUCAAGUCACCCCUCGACGCCAGAGACAUAAACGCCAAUCUUCGGAUCCAAUGAUAGCUAAAUUCUCUCCAAUAAAGGAAGAUCGGGACAUAGAAUCCGACUUUCAGUCCAAAAUAGACAGCGCUGAUGCAAGACAAUCUAAAUAUUCUACUGAUGAUAGUUCUCAAUCAGGAUUAAGUGACUGUGAUAGUACCCGUUCGGAACCAAUUACCAAUGUUCGGUACAAAAAAAUCAAACCAUCGGCAUAUGCUCGUAUGUUCUAUACAGGAAAAGGGACUCCCACUGAUCGAGGACAGCCUGAUCACCGGGAACAGCAAGGGCCACAAAAUCAAUUGUCUGUGAGUCGAUCCGAAUCCCAGAUAACUGCCGGUUAUCGUUCAGGUUCUGGAUCCGGCUCUAGAACACCUUCGUAUUAUUCGGAUGACGAAGAGAUGAAGGCGAAAGAGGAGAAGAAAGCCCAAUUGCAGUAUGAGAUUGAUAAACGUAAACGUCAAUUGGAAGAAACUGCUCGACUCAAACAUGAACUGUUGAAACUAGCAAGAGCUCGCCAAGCUCUAGCCCACAGCUAUGAUGAUAUUCCUGGUAGAUACGGCUCGGGAGAUUACCAGAAUCAAUACCGUUCCUAUGGUCCACAGAGACCAAUACCAACUGGAAUCAUACGACCGAUAGAUGAUGAACCCGAUGAGAUGGAUAUACCUCAUUCUAGGAGAGAUGAUAGAUCGAGAAGCAGGCAAAACGCUUACAGUUCGACCGAGUAUCUCGUACACAAGCACGAAUCUCGGAGAUACAAAUCAGACGAAGCCAGCAUUUAUUCUGAUGAACAGCAUUACAGUGAUGGUUAUAAUGAUAUGGAAGCCGAAUCACCGCCGAGAAUGUCAAGGCGAAUGGAAGCAUCUUAUCCAUCCGCAACCCCAAGUCGGGAUGCUCGCAUGUCCGCUAGUGUUACCCUACCAGAUAUGUAUCACACUAGGGGUGAUAUCGAAUAUAUACCAACCCGGGACGCUUUUAGUGUUUAUUCAGGAUCUGAAGGAAGCCCAGCUAGUGACUAUACACCUGCCAUGCCAUUACUUGAUGACGUCAUGGCUAAAUCUCGUAAAAUAAUAAGAGAAAUCGGAAGCGGAAGUAGACCUGUUUCAGCAGAAUUUAAUUUGGACGGUGGUGUUGAAGAUCUUAUGAACGCCAUGUAUCGCGUAGAGAGUGAUAACAGUGUUGAUGCUGAUGAACCAAUCAUGAAACAUAUGACAGAAGGUGGAGUAACCAUCCUAAAACAACUAGAUAGGAAGAAAAAGACUCCGUCUAAAGAUCCUAUUCGAUAUCCAUUUCCCACUAAGCGUAUUCUAGUAACACGUGACCCUAAAGACAGGUCCGUUACAGGUACGACAGGUAAUGGUUUAGGUAUGAAGAUAGUAGGUGGCAAACAAAUACCAGGUACAAAAGAAACAGGUGCUUAUGUUACAGCUAUUUAUUCUGGCGGUGUAGCUGAUCAACUACACGGUGAACUAGAAGUUGGUGAUCAAGUAUUGGAAUGGAAUGGCGUGACGUUAUCUGGUAAAAGUUACGAAGAUGUUCAACAGAUUAUAUCACAGCCAAAUGGUGAAAUAGAGAUGGUAGUUAGACCAGUCUCGGUCGAGUGUUUCUCCCAAAGGUGUUGAUCCUCAACAACUUGCAGCUCAACUAGAGGAAAUUAGAGAAGAUGUCUCUCCCGAGAACUCCCCGGCUUCCUCUCAGCACGACUUUCCUACGCCUAGCGUUUCCUCCCCUUGCAGCACCCCUCUCUCUGACCCUA